CAGAGAUGGACUCACUGAAAGAACGACGAAACUAUGAAAGACGUAGGUCGUCGCGUAUUUCGAGAAGACUUGGUUGCACGACCUACAACUACUUACAUUGAUAUUCAUUCAUCGGCGCAAUGGCAAUUCGCCUCAAUUUCCAAAUGAAAAUCACCCAAGCUUGUUCUUCUUUAAGGCGGUUCUUUGACGUGCAAACUGUGACGAGAGAAGAUGAAGAAGUCCUUUCGGAAAGAAAAAGUAUCAAAUGAAUGACGAGAGAGGUCGAAGGCCAUGAAACUACAUAUUUGCAAGACUACAAGUACAAGUGCUACCCUUGAUACCUCUCAUAUGUAGUCCUCGCACUUCUACGUCCUCGCGAUUCAUUCCAUUAUAACAUCAAAGCCACGCUCUCAUACCCUUCAGUCUGGUCGGUAUCGCUAAGUUACUUAACUAAUCGUAAUCUAUCAACUCACUGAAGAAAAGAUCAGCCAAAAUGUUCACGCAACAGCCGAGUGCUCCUCGUAUUGGUUGGGGCAACUGGACCAUGCCCCCGAGCCUUUCUACGGUUGGUUUGAGGGUAUUCAGAAUAUCUUUGAAGUUCUCUUCAUCAUAGAUGCCCGCUUAAGUAUCUCUAUACUUAUAAGUAUACUCUCCGAUAGUUGUAGGUUUUGGCCGUUGUGAUACGGUCUUCUUGCUCCCCCGGUAUGUAAGGUUUUAAAUGGGGUUAUUUAAGCAUGUAGUCCUAUGGAAAAAAAUUUCACUAUCACUUGUCUCAAGCAAUUAAUGAAUGAAUGAAUCAAUCAAUCAUGUAGUUCUUUCUGUCGUGGUGAUAGUAAGUACGGCCUAUCGUAGUACAGUUGUGACAUGUAGCCUCUCAUCAUGGCGUUACACUAACUACUUCAUCGUCCUCCAUUUUUUUCGACCACAAAUGACAGCCCGUACAGCAACCUCCGACUAGCGGACAUCACGACAGCGCCGGAAGUGGUACAACGACAAUCACUUUUCAACAGCAUCAACCCCAACAGCACCAGCCUGUGGCAGUUGUGCAACAUCAAAGAGCAAUCAGCCGCACUCCGGGUAGCCAACAUAAGCAAGGUGGGCGACCUUCUGUAGCCAACAAAAAGCCACGACCUUCGAACUUACCCCAACCUCGUGAUUGGAGAGGCGGCGAGACGUCAGGGGAGGAGCCAAACAGUGCAUCCAAAGAAGAGCAGGUCGAGAGGAGCGUCGAGACUCUGGAAAGGAGGAAAACCAAUACGACUUCUGGCAGAGGACGACCAACUGCUCAGCAUGCUUCUGGUACAACUACAACAAGGGUAGCCACUACAACCACGCCAGGAGCUUCUUCUAUUAAGAGUAGGCUCAAGGUGCUUUUCUUACCGCUUUAUUUUAUGCCUCUCCUAAGGGAGAAAGGCAUAAAAAGCGGGGUAAGCGAGCACCAAAAACCUACCUCUAAUACAACCACGCCAGGAGCUUCUUCUAGUUCUCAUACGCAACAAGGAGUAUCGUCCGCUUCUGCUGCAGCAGGAGCAGGCGUCGGAACAACCAGUCAUGCCAGAGUACAACUUCCAUUUUCUGCGCGAGCUGGUGCUAGUUCAGCCCCUUUUGCACCACCAGAGCGUGCAGUAUCUGCAGAGCAAUAUCCACCCCCAAAUAGUGUGGUUGGUGUGCCAACAAACUUCUUGAACAGCACGAAUGUUCUUACUCGUCGUGGUCUCCCAACAACAACUGCGCAACAACAGUAUACUUCUGCGAGCCGUACGGCUAAUAUACCUGCUAGUACCCACCUAUAUCAACAAGGACAUCAGCAGGGAUAUCUUCAACACAACACCAUACAACAUCCUAGUCAGCAGGUAAAUAUCCAACAUCAACCGAAUACAACUGCAGCUACCUCAACUUCUGCUUAUAAAAAUUUUCCAGGGGCUUCUUCUACAGCUUCUACUGGUGCCCCUGCUCCUCCUCGUCUCUUAUCUGCGUCUUUCUCUGCUGUUCCUCCACCUUCGCCUGGAGGUUCUGGCGGACAUAAAACUACUGCUGCGCCAGGACUUUGGCAACCAUUUCAGAUUGGGACGUCGAGUUCCCAAUUCUUUGGAGGACUCCAACAGAAUUUAGGUUUUGGUUUUACCCUAUUAUACCCUAUUGCUUUUGGAAGCAUCCUGAUGAAGAGUCCCUUGGGUUAAGGGAACAUCAAGUGCUGAAAGAACAGGAUGCUUCUCGAGAUAGAUCAUUUUUAGGGUAAAAUCUAUCUCUAAGAAAUUCCUCCAGCAGCUCAACAGCGCGUGUCUACAAUCCCUCUGUGACCGUAGUACAGCAUCAUCAAGUACAUCCUGCUGCCACCAGCACUGUCGUAUACCCCUCUUCAAGUCAACCUGUGCCUGGGACCACAAGCGCUGGCGGAGUAACAAGUCAGUGCGUAGGUAGAAGUAUAGAAGAAAGUCUUCAGAGUACUAGUGCAGUUGUUCCCGGUGGAUCUGGAGGUGGUACUACACCGAAUGGAGUUCGACAUACAGCCACCUCUGGUGCAACAGUAAAUAGUGGAGCAGCCUCUGCUAGGCAUGCUACCCAGCAUUCUAGUUGUACGUGGCAAACGGGCUCUCCGCGGGCUGCUGCAUCGAGUCGGCACACACUUGGAGGCGGUGGAGGUGCUAAUAAACUACAAUUAAGGCUUCUGUCAGAACUGAUGUCAUCAUCUUGAUAGCGGGGAAAGGGGCCCAAGCAACUUGGAACGGGGGGGUCGCUAUCUUCGAGAAAUCUAUCUUCUUCAAGAAAACCCCUUCCCAUGCUGACCCCACAUCAGAUGGGGUAAGCAGCUCUAAGCUGACAUGGAGCACCAUCAUCGUCGAAUGCUGCAUCAUCCCAUCGGUUACCACCUAGACGUUCUGCACGACAGUCGAGUUCUAGACAGGAGGAAAGUUCCUUACCGCCAAGCAGCAAAAUAUUCACGAUGGAAGGAGAAGUAGUCAGAGGCGACCCAGCGCCGCCAAGACGUAACACGUUACAGGGACGACCGAGAGGAGUGUCUUCGCAGGUAUAUUAAAGAGAAGUAAAACGAGCUAGUCGUGUUAGUCUGCAUCAUCUUGAUCUAGAUCUUCAGGUUCAGUCAUCUUUUGCAUCAAUUCUAACAAAUGUUGAUAUUCUGUUUUGUUCGUUUUUUAUCUAGAGGUUUAGUUAUUUUUUGAAACGUUUCUUGAAAUCUAAAGCCUAUGAGACAACCAAAUAGUCACUCUUUUCAAGUUCUACCUUAAUCUUGAGUAGCCAUUCGCUGAAUUUCAUUAACGUGUGAAAGUUGCGUCCCGUUAUACUGGAGUUUCAGUGAAUUUUUUUCACUGUGAAACUUGACGCGUAAUAAACUCGAGCUUCAAGCUUUGUCUUUGAAGGUUCUCGUAGGAACUGUACAAAUUUAGAAAACUUGCGUUCGUAAGAGGCAUUCCAAUUAGUGGCCUGAAAAAGAACAACUCUCAUAAGUCAUUUAGUUGAAGGGAUGCUUCUUCGUUGGGGUUUCUAACAAGAAGCUGAAGGAGCUUCUUAAAUUUCUUAUUUCUUAUUCGUUUCCUACUUCGUUUAAGCUAGCUUCAACGUCAACGUGUCAAAAAAUUGCGCGAAACAAAGAAUACUGCUACUAAGUCAAGAAAGCUGGGAAGAGUUAACUUAUCGCUCAACGACAUAUUAUUAAAACACACCCUGCAUCACCUCACACAAGGCACAUUCACUUACUCACUCACUCAUUGACUCACGCACUCGAUUUACAGCGUGAAGGUGACCGUAGCGCAAACAUCAGCUCACUACAUACUAGCAGACAUACUACACACUCAUAAUAUAUGCUUCUAGUAUUCCUCCUUUUUUCAAUUUCAUCAGGCACCUCCACAAACUGCGCCACGACUAAAAGUAAUGACAGGCAUAUUUACUAGGAAAGGGGAAGUGAUAGUAGGGCGAAAUCGGUUGGCGUCCUUUACAGCGCAUUUAUCGGCUCUCAAGCCAAACCACUAGGGGUGUUAUAAAUUGCAGACAUGAUAAAUAUUUGUAGUCCCUCUCUGCAGACAUGAUAAUAUUUGUAGUCCCUCUCUGCAGACAGACCACGUAAAACUGCGGACGGCGGACCCAGUCCUAAUUCAAUUUCAUAAUUUCAUCAGGCACCUCCACAAACUGCGCCACGACGAUCCGCACGACAAAGAUCCGUGAGCGCUAGUCGCGACCGCAGUGCAUCGUCUUCUAGGAGACACGACCAGUCAAGCUCGUUCAUCGAAGAUGGAGGACCCCCAUCUGCUCGCAAAGGGUCAUCGUCUGUUUAUGGUUCUUUAUUCAAGUGGGUUUUGUAUAGCCAAUAUAUUUCGCACACUAUGAUCGAGGAGGAGAAGAUCGAGGAGAUGAACGAGUACUUCUUCUAGAAGUUAGCAGUUGCGGAAUCCGUGGCAACUCAUACUACUAGACGAGAGUAGAAGUUGCUCGUGGUCAACCCCUGCUGACACAUGCAGCAGCUUGAGCACACCUCAUCCACUACAGUCUCGUCAAUAGCAAACACAUGAUUCCUCCUUAAGCUGCUUCUAAAAUGAAGAACAUUCUAACUGCUAAAGUACUCGAAAACUGAAAAUAAGCGAGUUGCUGACCGAAAUAGAAGAGUCACUACUACAUUCCUCUUCUCUCAGUCUCUCGAUUAGUUCAAGUAGUUACUUAAGCAUUCUAAUGCCUCUCGUCCAACACCCGCUUGCAAAAUCGUGAGCAAGAUUUGGCUGAUCAGCGCAUAGCGACCCUAGAGGAGCUCUUGCAGAAACGAGACACGGACCUGAAACAGACUCUACAAGAUUUGAGCUUGCAGCAGAAGAAUCAAAGGCUAGCUGAACGCAAGGAAUUGGAGGUGAAGAAGCACUUAACCGAAGUUAUGGUAAGGCGUUCCUGGCGAUCUCCAUUGUAUUUAUAGAUUUCAUCUUAGUAAAAAUCCAAAUGAUCUUCUUUAUCAUCUUGUUGUAGUUGCAACCUAUGCCUUCAUUUUUUCAGAAAAUACAACAACAGUUAAGAGUAGAGCUAGAGUAGUACCCACCUCAAAAUUUAGCUCUUUCACCGGGAUGAACAUGAAGAUGACGAACUUCUUUGCUUAUUCUUAAAAGCACUAAGACAAACAUUUGCGUAAAAUCAAAUAUAUCAGCUAUAAUUUAUCGUCGUGUAGCGAUAGCCGAUAUAAAAACUAAUAUUUGGAACACCUCAGUCAUGCUAGGCACAUUCAUUCAACAUCAUUCAUCAGUCAUCGACAAUGAUUCAUACACAUACACUUAUUAAGGCUCAGCUUUCAAUGGUCAUUGGGGUUGGUCACUGGCGACCCCUUGAGAGAACAGGGGAAAACGAAGGGAAAGGGGAGAGCUUUGAAGGGGGUCCCUUCCGUUCAGAGUCAGUGACCAUUGAAGGCUGAGCUUUAAACUUAAGAUGUUGCAGCUAGGUGACUGAAGGAGAUCCCACACUCUGACUCUAACAUAGCCCGAAAAGAGAUUGCACAGUGCAAAGUCACAGUGCAUCAGCAGCAACAGGAAAUUGAUCGACUCCUCUUCGAAUUGGAGAAAUCCAAAGUGAAAGCCGAGCAAGCAGCUUUGCGCUAUAAACAAGAACAUACGGCGAAAUUACACGCGGUGGCACAGGUAUAAUUUUUAUUUUAUUUUCUAUUUGGUCUUUGACAUUUUCUCUGACCUUUAUAUUCCUAACUAAUAGUAAUCCUCGUGUUCUAUUUGGUCAAGUGAUUCCCUUUCCAUGAUUAGUUGGGUUGCGCUUACGGGAUUAUGAUGAAGCAGUACUAAGAGUAUCGGUGAUGUUGUUAAAAUCUGUAGGUGUGGUGACUGAAAUAAAAGUGGUUGCUAGAAGUUGGAAUGCUACAUAACUAUAACUUAUGCAUCCGGUAAGAUACAAGCGAUCUUCUCAUAGCUUCUGCACACAUCGAAUCUCCAGUUAAAAGACGCGCAACGGAAGCUGGCAGAGAGACCGUUGGAGAGACCCUUAGAUUCCCAAGGCUCGUCAAAGACUACUGGUCUUGGCAUGUCCAGUGUCGGGCCAAUCGAAUCGUCAGAAGAAGAGGUAUGGCAUAAAAAAUCAGUAUGUCGAUUGAGCUUUCAACAUGUUGACGACAUGAUCUGCUUACUACUAACUUGUUAUAAGAAACUUAGUAAGCAGACUAAUUUUCUCAUGGCCCUGCUUUCUGAAGAAGUAAGGACGAGACUGAUUUUUUCAUGUAAGAAAUUAGAGUUAAUGCAAAAAUAACGAAAACUUGUUCUGCUUCUCAUUGUCCUGCUCUCGUUCUUGUCUUGAUGUCUUCUAACAUUCCCGCCAAGUGAGGAAGUCCCAUAUUACGAAGCGCCACAGGAGCAAAGUUUAAUUAGACCUCCGACUACCAUACGAGCGAGCACCAUACCUAUCCACGAAACGCCAAGACCUCCAGUAUUUUUCCUUGUCUCUAACUAGCCUACUUAGACUUACGUUUGCUUACCCGCUCCCGCCAUUGUUCUCUCAUCCUGUGUCAUUUCUGUUGCUGUGUAGUACUGACGUUUGCUUUUCCAUUCCCUCAUCCUUAGUUAUUUGAGAUGAUAUCAAGAAAGACGAUAUCAGAGACACAUACAUGAUCAUUUUUCCUAUUCCCGCAUCAACCAUCUCAUCUAUCUCAUCACAUUCCCAGACACCUAUGUCUCAUCACUCAGUGCAAUCCCAUCUUUCUGAAUUUCCAUCCUCCCAUUCUCAGAAGGCAAAUUGAAAUACCAUUUUUCACCAGUCUCCUCGCCGCAGCACUGCUGCUUCGAUCUGUACUAGUGCGGACCCGAAAAACGUGGUCUCGCUUCGCGAUCUUUCGGAGCUCAAAGCGCUAAAGAAGCCUCCAGAAGCUUUGAGGACGCUGUUUUUAAGGGUUGAAACUAACAUUUUAUUUCUAGUUGUACAUGCUAUGCUUCCUUCUUGAAUAAACAUUUCACUUCUUGUAUUUGUCUUCUUUCUUCCUUAUAACGUUGCUAGCUAGAAAGGCUUUUUGUUUCUAGAAGUGAAUAAGAAGCCAAGGAAGAUGUUUUGAGAGAUGUAGUUGGCUUACAUCAAUACAUAGCGGAGGUAUAGCUUCUAAUAUCUGAAGCGAUCUGCCUCUACCUGCACAUUGAACCCAUAAAGAAGUUCGACAGUAAGAGCAACAAGAGCUAUCUGGACUAUUGGGAACCGAGCAGAAAAAUGAUCUUGUCGGAUACGCAUCUGAUUUAUGGCUAAAGACGAUUCUUCCAGCAUCUUUCAAACUGUUUGUUUCAUUCUAAAUUAUUUUGUUGUUCUAUAAUUCUAACAACAAAUACUGCUCUAUAACCUUAAAAACACGCACGCUGUCGUCAGAAUUACCAGUCGUAGCCUAGUAGUCGAAGAAAAAAGUCAAAGUGUUGUAGCAACCGCGCAUCACUACAGCACUGCGGGUGCUUUUUACUUCUAGUAAGGUCCAGUGGUCUAAAAUAUUUUUAGUACAACAUCUUCACUGCUCAUCUCAUGCCCUCGCCUUCCUCUGACGCUGACCUCUCUUCCUCGUCUAACCCUUGCAGCGACUUCGUAGUGCCAAUCCCGGCCCAGGGACUCUCCAGGAAAUCCGAACUUUGUUUCAGUUAAGGCCUAAUGGUCUAUCUUCAAAGAAGUCAUCCCACUCGCUCCCAGGAGAGAGACUUUUCAAGGAAAAAAGAGACCUAAUCGAUCCUUCAGGAAGACAGUAUUUUUUACCGAGGAUGAUUGAAGACAGUAUUCUUACCCAGGAAGACAUCUUAGAAUUACCUAGGUAUUCAACCAUACCCCACGAAUGAGUACACUACUGCUACUACUACUAUUACUACUUCGUGAUCCCCAAUCUUCCAUCUUCGGAUCCAUCUUCGGAAGCAUUACUUUUCAAGGGAAAAAGACUCUAACUCUGCAACGUUCGGGGAUUAUAUCUGAGGAGAAAAUCGCCAAUUGUAGUCGCUCCGCAAGACCAUUGUUCGCUUUUCUAGUCAGCGUAGCAGAGGGUGGCAGCGCAGGAGGUGGAUUUGGGGGAGGGGGUAAAUAUUAUAUCUUGCUUGUGAUGUGAGUGCGUUUGUAGCUGUUCGUCGUGCUUGAAGUAGUUAUUCAUCAGGUAGGAGUACGUCAUCGAUUUUGGCUCCUGCUACUGUAGUUCAUUUCGCAGUCACGACGGACUAGUAAAGCUGCAUACUAGAUCCCAAAAAUUGGGAAUACUAAUACUUCUCUACUUCUUCACAACCAAUUAUCCAGGCGGCCCCGCUGUCGAGUUCGCACCAUUGGCAGCAUCGGCG